ACAGAAAAACAGCAAAUGCAAAUCAUGGAUGAAAUUUAUAAGAUCACUUCCACAGAAAGGGUCCAGCUUUUGGAGAAAAAACUGGCUGUGCAACUGACUGAACUGAAGUCUGAGAUAGAAGAGCAAGGAGCUCUUCAGGGAACAACUAAUCGAGUUUACAGCUCUGUUCAAACGCCAAAGGAUAUUUAUUACUUUAGAAGAGAGAGGGAACUGGCACUGAAGCAAACCUUACAGGUGGCCGAGUCGAAGUCCUUUGUUGUUCAGGCGGACAUCAUGCAGAGGGAGCUAGAGAGCUGCCUAAGAAGGGAGUACACCCCUGAAAAUUUACCUUUGCUUCUGUUGCAGUAUUACACAGAAAGAAUUACCCAGCUGGCCCAGAGUAAAUAUUUACACAUGCUUAGGUGGAAGAGGUUUUGCCAACACAGUAAGAUCAUGGAGCAACUUUAUCCUCUUUACAAGAAACAAGUUGGCUACAUUAUGCAGGAGUACAAUGAUGCCCUUCAGAGAGCUGAAAGGUUGUCUGUUGCGCGAGAAAACUUCCUCAUGGGAAAAAGCAAUCCUCCUAACUUAGUGACACAGGAAGAUCUGACUGUCUAUACAAAGUGGUUAGUGUGCCACCUGCAGUCUCUCAGGACUGUUCACCAGUACCUGCAGGCCCUUCAGUAUUUGCCCAUCUCCAAAGUGCUAAGUGUAGCUGUCAACCAAGUCGCUGAAGUUGGUCAGAAAAAUGAAAAGGUCUGUGUCAAUGACAUUGACCCUGACAUUCAGGGUCCUGCGUCUCCUGACCCUGUGGAUACCAGCAUUUCUGGGCCAAUGAGAACAGAAGCUGCUUUUGUCCUCCCCCAACACACAACAGAAACAGGAGAACUGAAACCUCAGCUAAAGCUCCUGCUCUCCCAUUUCGAUAUCCCAUGUGACGUGGAAGAGCUAUGGGACUCUGCUAAGGAAAUGGAACUUUUUUCCUUGGUUUCCCAAAAAUUUCAAAGCAUCUUCAUGGAGCAACAGAGAUUGCAAACGUUUCCAGACUAUGAAGCUGGAAUAGCUAAAGCAGAUAAUUUGGGUUUGGCAGGGCCCAGAAUGACCCUGAAAAAGAGAGCCAACUGGAUUUCCUUCAUAAAGAUCAAGCCAAAAUGUGAUCCAUGGCAAAGGAAGCUUUUGACUAAAUUAAAAGAACGGAGAAGAACAGAUGCAUUAUUGCAACUCCAAGCAAAAUUUUUGAAGAUUUCCAACCCUGAGCGAGUAAUGCAAGUGCUCCAAGAUCAUGCUGCAAAGAUAGUCAUGCUGGCUCCACAUCAUCCAUCCUUUGUGGCUUCCCAGGGUUUGCAUCAGUGCAACUAUGACCAAGUCUGGGAGAAUAUUUACAGCAACAUCAACCUCUGUCAGGUACUACAGGAAGAAAUAACCAAAAUGCCUUUUUACUCAACUUGCUACCUGUGUGUAGCCCUUAGACAUUUACUUUGGUAGUUUUUCUGAAACCCUCCCCACCAAAAUCUCUAUA